UGACGUGUCGGUUGUUUUGCCGUGAUGAUGGCGGAUGGGAACGCGCUGUAUGAGUCGGUGCUGUGCGUGAAGGCAGAAGUUCACGUUUACCGAAUCCCGCCCAGAAGCUCGAACCGCGGAUACCGGGCUGCGGACUGGAAGCUGGAUGAGCCGGCGUGGAGCGGUCGAAUGAAGAUCAUAGCCAAGGGGAAAACAGCCUACAUUAAACUAGAGGACAGAAACACAGGUGAGCUGUUUGCUCAGGCUGCAGUGGAGCAGUACCCCAGCAGUGUGGUGGAGGCCGUGGUCGACUCCAGCCGGUAUUUCGUCAUCAGAAUCGAGGAUGGAAACGGACGGCAUGCCUUUAUCGGCCUCGGGUUCGCAGACCGCGGAGACUCUUUCGACUUUAACGUCGCUCUGCAGGACCACUUUAAGUGGGUGAAGCAGGAGAGUGAUCUGGCCCGUCAGGAGGCCGUGCAGGACUCGGUGCCCAAACUGGACCUGGGCUUCAAAGAGGGUCAAACCAUCAAGAUCAACAUAGGGAACAUGAAGAAGAAGGAGUCUGGUGGUCCGCUGCGCUCUCGAGCUGCUGCUGGUCUUCUUCCUCCUCCACCCGCAGGGAAAGCUGGAGCUGUGCUUCCUCCACCCGCAGCACACACCACCACCACCACAGCGCCCGCUCCACCCAGCACAGGCACACUACUAGACUUUGGAGACUCCGCCCCAAUUGUGGCUCCACCCUCUCAGGACAUGUGGGGUGAUUUCACUUCUGCAGGAUCUGGGUCUGCUCAGGACUCUCGCUCUGGAUCCGGAUGGGUUCAGUUCUAAAGUCUCGCCGCUGGACGCUCAGAAAGGGAACGUGCGGAGCUGUGAAUGUGACGACGCCGUAUUUCCACAGAUGUUUUCUAUGCAAUCGUUCAGAAAUCACUGCAUUCCAGCUGCUGUAGACUCUCAACACACACACACACACACACACACACACACACACAUCAGCAUCAUGUUUGCUGAAGCGCUUCACUAUAAUGACUCUAUAAUCUCCCCUGUCUGCCAUUGGCUGGUCAUACUAGCCCCGCCCCCAAUAACAGAAUAAAGAGAGUCAGAGUGUUUACAGGAAGUUCCUACGCUGACUUCCUCUUAUUGACUCCACAUCAGAGUGUAAGUAUUGAGCACUCAGACCCUUCUCAUGUCCUCCUUUAUCUGAGUGGUGUGUGUUUAGCGUGUGUUGAUGUCUGAAGCAGCGCUCGUGUCCUCAUGUGUUGUUAUUUACCCUCGGUCAUGUGAUCAGAUGCCGCUCCAUCAGAUCAGGACUCUGGCUUAUGCUGUGUGUGUGUGUGUGUGUGUCAGCAGAUGAUUUUCAGUGUUUAUAUGUAUAUCUAUAUUUUAACUCCCCCAGACUUUAUAUGCUUUUACUUCGUGGUGAUUUAGAGUUUUAUUCUUGAUAUUGUCUGAAUCUCUUCUUCAAGUGCCUUCAUCAGACACCUGUAGAGUGGACAGAGCUCUGCUUAUAGAUCAAUAAACCUGUUCUUGGUAUACAGA